CCUCCACCACCUUCCUUCCUCCCCUAGCUAGCUACAACUUACCUUCCCUUCCUUUCCCUCCUCAUUCCUGGACCACUAGUAAUCCUAGUAUUUUUCUCCUCUCCUAUACCGGAACGCAUUCUCUCCCUCUCUGGUUUCUUAGUUCUAAAACAUAAAAAACUUAUUUAACCACGAGCACAAAGACUGUAUCUUUAUGAUGGCAGGUGGUCUUGGUUCACUCGGCGGCGGCGGCGGCGGCUCUUCCGGGGCCUCCACAAAUGACUCCACAAUGUCAAAAGUGGAGGUGGUGGAGGCUGAGGCAAGUUCAUAUCCAGUGGAAGCUGAGCUGGAGCUGGGGCUGAGUCUUGGUAGUGGUGGUCGUGGUGGUGGUGGUGGAGGGAAGGGUAAGGCAAAUGCACGGGGUGAGCGUGGCAGAAUCUUGACUGCCAAGGACUUUCCUUCGGUGGUCUCCCAGCCUCAAAGGCCUAACAACAACACUUCUAUUUCCUCUGCUUGCGUUGUUGGUGCUGUUUCUGGGACUAAGAGAGCUGCUGACUCUGUCUCCCAUGAGGGUGGAUCCCCUACUGCUGGCAGUCAGGUUGUGGGGUGGCCUCCUAUAAGGGCUUAUCGGAUGAAUAGCUUGGUGAACCAAGCAAAGGCUGCAAGAGCUGAAGAAGACAAGGGAAUUGGUGAGAAGGAUAUAUCUAAGGAUAAUUUGAAGAAGAAAAUCUGUAAUGGUAACAAGACCAGUGCUCCUAGUAAUGAAAAGGGGCAUCUUGGAUUUGUCAAGGUGAAUAUGGAUGGGAUUCCAAUUGGAAGGAAGGUAGAUUUGAAUGCUCAUGCUUGCUAUGAGACAUUAGCUCAAGCAUUGGAGGAAAUGUUUUUCAGGUCCGCCACAACUAUCAAUUCCAUUGGUGGCGAGAAGCGGCAAGUAACGAAGCCCUCCAAGUUAUUGGAUGGAUUGUCCGAGUUCCUACUCACUUAUGAAGAUAAAGAGGGAGACUGGAUGCUUGUGGGAGAUGUUCCGUGGGGGAUGUUCCUCAACUCAGUAAAAAGGCUUAGGAUCAUGAGGACCUCGGAGGCCAAUGGACUUGCUCCAAGAUUCCAGGAUAGGAAUGAGAAACAAAGAAUAAAGCCUGUUUAGUCACUUCUGCCACAGGAUUUUGAGCUCCAGCGAUACGGAGACACUCACUGCUUAAAAACAAAAGACAAAAGUAGAGAAGUUGAUGAAUCAGAAUAUUUGGCUAAGAUUGUUCCUUCUUUUUACUGCUUUUCCAUGUUUUUGUCGAACCAGUAUCUGGUUCUAGCUUGUUUUUGUAGGCGAUAUUCAGUUUAGCUUCUUUUCUUUUCAUCUUAUAUGGUGCUGCUGCCAUACUGGCAUCGAACGCUUGACUGCUUCUCAUACUGUAAAUAUGGGAGUACUUGAUAUCUAGAGUGGAGUUCUCUGCAAUCUAGUGGACUCAGUUUAGUGUGUGGUUUGAAGCUUGAAA